CAUAGCUUGGUCCUGGUGUCGAGCUGAGGAGCUUUGGGAGUCUCAAAGUUUGUGUCUGGAGCAGUAGUGGAGCGUGGGCUUAGAAGGAAUUUUCUUGGGAUAAGAGCUGAUCUCUUGCCUUCAUUUUGGAUGCACACCCUGCUUUAAUCCCUUCAGCCUUCGGCCCGAUCCCUGGAUAGCCUGUCUCCCCCGGGAUUUUCAGAUCUCCGAGGACACCGGACCGGAGCCCUCGGCAGUUCUCUCUCGGCCAGGGGAGCAAACGCUUUCCCUCCUAAGUGCAUAAACUACACACACACACACACACACACACACACACACACACACACACUCAGACACACACACACACGCGGAGCCGGAUCUCGUCCUCCGAGGCGGCUCUGCCUGCUCCCCUCCUGCGCUCAGCAUCCUCGGCCCAGCGCGCCUCGGACCACCAUGGAGGUGCUGGAGAGCGGGGAGCAGAGCGUCCUGCAGUGGGACCGCAAGCUGAGCGAGCUGUCAGAGCCCGGGGAAACCGAGGCUCUCAUGUAUCACACGCACUUCUCAGAGCUUCUGGAUGAGUUUUCCCAGAACGUCUUGGGUCAGCUCCUGAACGAUCCUUUCCUCUCAGAGAAGAGCGUGUCGAUGGAGGUGGAGCCAUCCCCAACGUCCCCAGCACCCCUCAUCCAGGCCGAGCACAGCUACUCCCUGUGUGAGGAGCCUCGGGCCCAGUCACCAUUCACCCACGUUACCACCAGUGACAGCUUCAAUGACGAUGAAGCAGAAAGUGAGAAAUGGUACCUGUCGACGGACUUUGCUUCAACAACCAUCAAGACGGAACCGAUUACGGAUGAGCCAGCCCCGGGACUUGUUCCCUCUGUCACGCUGACCAUCACAGCCAUCUCCACCCCUUUCGAAAAGGAGGAACCUCCUCUGGAAAUGAAUACUGGGGUUGAUUCCUCGUGCCAGACAAUUAUUCCUAAGAUUAAGCUGGAGCCUCAUGAAGUGGAUCAGUUUCUAAACUUCUCUCCUAAAGAAGCCUCCGUGGACCACCUGCACCUCCCGCCCACCCCUCCCAGCAGCCACAGCAGUGACUCGGAGGGCAGCCUGAGCCCCAACCCGCGCCUGCACCCCUUCGGCCUGCCUCAGACGCACAGCCCAGCCAGAGCCGUGGUGCGGGCCCCCUCCACCCUUUCCAGCUCUCCCCUUCUCACGGCGCCGCACAAACUGCAGGGGUCAGGCCCACUGGUCCUGACAGAAGAGGAGAAGCGGACCCUGAUCGCCGAGGGCUAUCCCAUCCCCACCAAAUUGCCCUUAACAAAGUCAGAGGAGAAGGCGCUGAAGAAAAUCCGGAGGAAAAUUAAGAAUAAGAUUUCUGCCCAGGAAAGUAGGAGAAAGAAGAAAGAAUACAUGGACAGCUUGGAGAAAAAGGUGGAGUCUUGUUCGACUGAGAACUUGGAGCUUCGGAAGAAGGUCGAGGUUCUGGAGGACACUAAUAGAACUCUCCUCCAGCAACUGCAGAAGCUUCAGACUUUGGUGAUGGGCAAGGUUUCUCGCACCUGCAAGUUGGCGGGCACACAGACUGGCACCUGCCUCAUGGUCGUUGUGUUAUGCUUUGCCGUGGCAUUUGGAAGCUUCUUUCAGGGCUAUGGACCCUAUCCUUCCGCCACCAAGAUGGCUCUGCCCAGCCAGCACUCCAUGCCAGAGCCAUACACCGCAUCCGUUGUGAGAUCCAGGAACCUGCUGAUCUAUGAGGAACAGUCUCCGCUGGAGGAGCCGUCCAGCCCCACCCCAGCCGGGGAACUUGGGCGCUGGGACCGAGGCUCCUCACUGCUCAGGACGUCGGGGCUGGAGUCCAGGCCGGACGUGGAGCUUCCCCAUUUCAUUCUCUCAAAUGAGACCAGCCUGGAGAAGUCAGUGCUGUUGGAGCUGCAGCAGCACUUGGUCAGCGCCAAACUGGAGGGGAAUGAAACACUAAAAGUUGUAGAACUCGACAGAAGAGUGAAUGCCACCUUCUAAAGAGGCGCUCCCUUCACUCUGCUCUUUUCUCUUCACUCAAGUUGUACGUCCCCAAACCACCUUUGCCAUAAGCUUUUCCUUUUCCCUGUCCCAUCUGGAUGAAGACUUGGAGGAGCGGUGGUGGCUUUGGAUGGGAGGACAGCCUGGGAUUUCCACCUGUGGUGAGAGAGCACCUUUCCCUCCAGUCCCAUGUCCCUCCCUGCAGAAGGGAUCCCCUCCCUUUCGCUUACUGCCAUAGAAAAUUAUUUUAGGGUCAGGUGGGACAAGCAGGCUUGUUCCUACAGAUAGUGCCAAAAAGAUACUGCCUGAUUCUCACCUGGGGAGUGUCACCACCUCUUUGAAGAAGUAAUGACUCGUGUUCAUUUGAGACCCCAGACUCUAACUACAGAAAUACCAGGAUGCCCGUUGGGAUCUGGCAAAGCACUGACUGGUGUUCUGCCUUCCUUAGCCUGGGUCUCCAGUGUAUCCUGCAACGUCAGUCCCGGAAGUGCCGGGGUGUCCAGUGAGCCCCCCUGCCACUCUGCUCUGUCCAAGUCCCCAAGCCCUCGCUGAUUGUCCUCCGGCACUGGAGUGAGGGCACCCCCUUCAUAUUCUCAGGCCGCAAGUGCAAUGCCUGAAGGAAUCAGGCUUCUCUACUCCAGGCAAACCUGUCCCGUCUCGUUGCUUGUAGGACUUCUCCAUAACCAGUGUCCCCUCAUGCCCAUAGUUCCGCCUCCCCGGCUUCUCCUCCCCAUUUGUAAAUAGUAUUUAUUAGCUUGCUGAGGCUUCCCACUCGCAACCACACUGAAGAGGUCCGACGCCUCCCUCCAAGACACCAAAGUCUCCUGCUGGCCUUCGGCGCUGGGAGGACAGCCUAGGCUCUGGGAUCCCCAAUCCUCCCGACCUGUUUCAUUUCCUUUGCUGCUUCUUCUUUCUUCCUGGAAGCCUAUCGUUAUAGUUGGGAAAUCCCCAUAAGCAUGUGUUCUUCGAUAGAAUGAACUCAGAGGGGAAGAUGGAGCGAUGCCUUGCUCAGGCCGGUGGCUCUUUCCGUCCUGUCAUAACAGAAAAGGAAGCUCUGUCCCUGACGACAGACAUUUUGGACGGCCUUGCUGGCUUGUCUCCCCACACCUGCGCCCAACCCCUCCCUCCCCGCCCCCCCCACCUCGCUUUACCCUGCUCUCCUGCCUCAGCAGAGGGGGUGGGCCUGAGGUCUGUUCCUGGGGUUGGAGUAGGUGACAUUUGUGUAUCCAUUACCUUUUAUAGUCAGGUUUGGUUGCUUUGCAGCUCACCCAAAGAGACAUAACCUAACCCCCAACCUACUUUAUUUUUUUUGUUAAUGAUUAAAGUAACUUUUGUAGGUUAAAAAAAUUCUUUCCUUUUUUCAUACAGGUAGGAAAUGGAAAUUGCCUUUUUAUUGUAUAAUGUAGAAGAUCCCGCUUAAGGAUUUUCCGUAGCUUGUAAAAGAUUUUGUAUAGGAAAUUUGCUCACAUUUUGUAUUUUAUUUUUAGUACUAGCUAAAAGGCCUUUAGCUUUAACUCCUCUCUUUCUCUCUCUCUCUCUCUCUCUCUCUCUCUCUCUCUCUCUCUCUCUCUCUCUCUCUCUCUCUCUCUCCCCUGUACAUUGUCAUUGGAACCUGUACUUAAGAGGGAUUAAGCCCACACCUGGCCCUUCCAUUCCAUAUCAGAAACAGGAUUUGGUGUCAUUAACAUUUGCUGUCAUACGUCACAGUCAGAUCUGUGUUUUGUGUGCCCAGGUAAUUUGGGGGCUCACUGUUAGGGAUUCUUUCCUCUCCCCACUGUGAUGGAGACACUUCCAGACUGGGAGAAGGCCAAGUUCGUUUUCUCAGCAGUGUGUGAAGGCUGGAUGGGGACCUCAGUGGUCCUGGUAGCCCUGACCAUCUUCACUGCCCCUCACCUUGGCCAGGGAGCACGGAGACCAUCUGGGCUGUGCGGGAACAGGAGUUGCUGGCCUGUGCCCCACUCCUGCUUCUCUCAGCUCCCUUCUCUCCUUCUCUUCUGCUCUACAUCCUCCUGGCCCCGGCUGGUGUUUAGUAACCAUGGGCCACUGUUGACCCAUUCCUCUGUUUAAAAUGUCAUGUAAUUAUCAGGCACAGGCAGACUGUGAGGGCCUAAGAGGGCAAAGCGAUCGAGUUAACUCAAGUGUAUUCGGACAAUGCGCAAAGAAAGUUUUUGGAUUUAAGCGUAGAAGUGGAGAAUGGGUCAGCCUGGCCACUGGCCACUCCGGAACUAGUGUUUAAGGCUCCUGCAUUAGCCAGAGUGGAUAACCUGCUCUUCUGAAUGAAGAGGGAGAAGGGAAAGGGCAGCAAACUGAUGGCCCCCAUCCUCUGUGCCUUGAGGAUUUUUUCUCUCCUACCGACGAUCCUUGCUUGAUGUCACUCUCUCUAGACCUCCAAACAGCAGGGUUUCCUCUUCUUUGGGAAACCACUCUGCCAGAACUGAGUCUGUAUCUAGAAAUAUGAGACAUCAGACUGAGAGAGCCUGUGUGGCCAUUGUAAAGGGGUUCCAAGAACCAAUAUUGUUGCUGUGUCGAGAAAACCCUCUGCCCUCCACGCCCUGCCUGGGCAAGGAGAGGAAGCUAAAGUUGUCCCUUUGGGAAGAUGUAAUGGGGUCAAGAGGACUCCAAAGGGUUGGGUAAUGGCGGAUGGGUCCCAAAUAGUGGAUGCGUGCACGUUUCCUGUCCCAGGGAUAAGCCCAAAAUAUCAGUGGUUCUGUUCCCCCUGUAGUGCUGGCCCACCGACUAGUCAGUGAUACUUGGUUGGACCUGACGAUUUCAAAUAGUGACAGGCGUUGGCUUCCGAAUUUCAGUUUUGAAAAAUACGUGACUGUUCGUGCAACCAAGAGAAUAACUAUGUGUAAAGAUAUUAAUUAUAUUUUUCAUCAUGCGAACAGGUUUCCCUCUUCCCUUUCUUUGAUUACCCACGUGAGGGAGCCGUCUUGUAAACAUUCAGAGAACAAGUACUUUUUUUACUGGAUGAGACCUGAGUAACCCAGAGCCCCCAGCGUGGUUCUUUUCACAGCUCUCGACUUUGCACUUAGAAAUGGAUACUGAAAAUGAAAGUCCUCAGUGCCAGUUUUAGGAGAGAGUUCCUGUGAAGUGUUAGGACUCUGGAGUGUCGCUCACAUAAAGAGAAUGUUAUAUAAAAAUCUGACAGAUGAACUAGGUUGCUCCUUUAGGGCAAAGGGGGCAGGGAUGAAGUUUGACACCAGAAUGGGCAAAACAAGAUGACCUUUUUUUAUAUAUAUAUAUAUAAAUGAUUUUGAUUUGGAGACCUAAUUUGAGGAUUGCGAAAGCAGCUUUUAGCUCAACGUAUUUAGAAACCAACUAUAAAUACCCUGCGUUUUUAAUUCCUAAAUCCCUUGGUUUAGCAUGACCACCAACAGAGAGGGCGGGGACUCUCUUGUGCCCAUGGGCUGGACAUGAUUUGUCUUUAUUCUGGCACUGAGUCAGUGUCCAGGAUUUUUGUCAUGAGUGUUCUAUUAAAAAUUUCAGCACGUCAUGGCUCCUUCCUCCCAUGUCCUCAGACCAAGCAAAACCACAAUAACUGAGUCCGAGGCCUCUCCGGGCUAGCUCCUCUGCACACACCUGUCCCGUGAGAUGAGUCCUAGAGCAUAGUGCACACAGGAGGACAUCCCGCUGAGGAGAUGGACCAUCCGUGCUGCCCUUGCUAACACGGACACCGCAGAUGGAGGAAAAGGCUUUCAGCCUCCCUCUCAUCUUCCCUGGGGCACUCAUUUUGUUCUGUGGAGUCCAGUCUUUGAGAAACCCUUGCUGAAGACCCCCGCCUGCCUGCUGGCAGUGCAGGCAGGACCCGUGGAACCAUUAGCAGGCAGCGGCCCAGAGAGAGUCAUUUUAUUUGAAUCCUUGUUAGCUGAGACAAUUAGGAGACAUGUGAUAGGAUAAGCCCCUCUGGGAGGGCAGUUAGAAGCGAGAGCAGGGGGCUGUGAAAUGAGGCCUGAUGGAGCCAGAGACGGAUUUCAGCUUCUCUGUCCGUUCGUUCAUUCGUUCAUUCAUUCAUUCAUUCAUUCCUGAGGAAGAGUGCUGCAUGAGACUCUGGGGAAUAAGGGGGCUAAGGAAAUAUUAAUCAAUAGAUCUUCAAAAGACAUAAGUGCUGGGUCUCCCUCUCUCUUUCACACACACACAUACACACACACACACUCUCACACUCACACACGUACACACUCACUUCUCCCUUGUCUUAGACACCCGUUUGUGCCUUACAUGUGCCUUUUAUAUGAAUCCAGGAUGCCUGAGGACCCUUUGUCCCUGGGAUAUUUUAUGCGUAGUUUUGUAGUAUUAGAGUGAAGUGGGUGUGAGAGAAAUAACUUUUUCUAAAGGCUCAAAUAUGGUUUCCUAAAAGUGAGCAAGGAUCAGAUUUGUACAUCAGGAGAAAAAAGACAGAGUUACGUCCAUUAGGAAGAUCCUAUUUUGUAGAGGUGUAAUCACAUCAAAAAAUGGCCAGCCAGGAUUAAAGAUAUAAAUCCUCAGAGCAGAACAUUCUCUCUGUGCAAAGGAAACUGGCCCAUUUGGGGUUUAAUGCUAAAUGCCCACGUGGCCAAAGGGUCAACACUUACCACAGGAGAAAAUCUAGGUGUUGUUUCCUUUUGCCAUUUGGGGCGACAUAAAAUUCAGGAGUGCUUUAUUUUGUCUUGGUUUCGAGAAGGGGAAAACAUUGUUUUGAGCACUUACUAAAUCCUGAGUGCUGUGCCAAGUACGUGUUAAGUCUUUUAAUUUUAUAGAUAGAGAAAACAAGAACAACUCGUCACUCUGAGAGGGGUAAACAGCUAAGUGAUAUGGGAAGUGCAACAAUUUGUGGGUUAGGUGGAGCUAAUUCCUCUCUGAGAACACCGUAAACUCCUCAGUUCUCUGGACAGGAAACGCAGUGCCUGCUCCCAUGCUGGCCCAGCCAUGCGAUGCUCAGCUCUUUGCCUCGUGCUGGAAAUGACCUCCAGAAGUUCGUCUCUUGUCAUUUUCACCCAGUCUUCUGUGAGUUCCAGCGAGCAGGCUGUACAUCCUGGAAAAGAAAAGUCAGGGAUUUUAGCUCCAUUUCUCUGCUCUCAUCCUUUGCUCACCAGCUGGGGGAGAACAUGACCUUUUGGCACCAUGGACCCAAGGCCUACACUGCUUAGAAAAUCUCUCUUUCGGAUAAAACGCUUUAUGAUUCUAUGAAAAACACCAGCACUCGUUGACAAAUUGUGAGUGACCCUUUUUAAACAAUGCUGAGCAGACCCUGGACUACAUAAUAAGCAUGAGCUUCGAUGUCUCUGCUGACAGCUGGGCUUUCCUUUCUUUUGUCACAGGUUGUAUAGACCAGUAAUGUUUAAGUCUAAAUAUAUUGUGAGUCUAUUAUCUAUUGUAUUGUGCUGGGUUUUUUUUUAUGGCUUUUUAUUCUUUAUUAUUGCUGAGUAAAUACCAAAAAUAAAUAAGUAAAUAAAUGCUUUGUAACUGUACUUAGUUUU